UCGGUUGUACUUCGCAUGAAAGGGACGCGUCGUUUGCCGGCUGUCGGAAGACAAAAGAGCGGACAUGGGUGGGAUUUAAAUGGGAGGAGAAUGGUUAACAUUGUCUCUUUACUUCCCUCAUUUCAGUUUAAAAUAUUCCCAGGAACAGCGUAGCUCAACAAAAAUGUGUCUCUAGCGGAACUACUCAUCUUGCGUUAUGAUACAUAAACUUGCUUAUGCACAAACAUUUCCAUCAAAUCAAUCAGACGUUGUUUGAUUCUGUAUACGCUCAUAUAUGUUUGAUCAUGUAUGUUCAUGCUAUACACUACAUACUGUGCACAGUAUUUGCAUUUCGCGUGUUUUUUAAGCUAACAGCAGCACAAACAUGAAAGCACACAGAAUGUAGGUCAGCAUCAUUAUGCACGUGAUUCAUUUUGGGACUUGAACUAGAAAAACGGUGUUAUUUUUUUUUAAAUCCCACUCCCUGUUUGUCAUCCAUCCAGUCACUUCCUCCCCUAGACACAAUGAGUGGACAAUAGUUUUCAUUCAGAAUAGUCUUCACAGGGUUGACGAUAGGCCAGCUGAUAGGAUGGCCCAUGUGGAGGAGUCCCAGACCGAAGGAGAGGGCAGUCCCCAAAUCCACUCCCUCAGGUCCGAAUCGUCUGCAAACCAUGUCGACGACGGCGACGCAGGACCUUCCUUGAGGAGGAAGAGGAGGAGAAAGCGCGAGCAGCGUCCUGAGUCCAUCAUCGUCUAUCGCUCCGAUGUGGAGCAAGGGUCCACCGGUGACCAAGGAGGGGAAGAAGAGGGAGUGGAGAGGAGCGUGGAGGAGGGAGCCAAGUUCCUCUGUACACCCACAAAUGAAGACGGUGGCUGGAGCCUUCCACCAGACAGCCGCUAUGUAACUCUAACGGGCACCAUCACGCGAGGCAAAAAGAAAGGCCAGGUGGUAGACAUCCACGUAACCAUGACGGAGAAAGAACUCCGCGAGUUGGCCAAGUCUAGGGAACGGCUCGACGCAGAGUGCGAGGCCGGGGAGGACUCCAAGCGAGCCUGCCGUCUGGGUGUGUGUCGGGGGCCUCACGUUGUCCUGUGGAGCAUCUCCUGCGCCCCUGUGGUCUUCCUUCUUUCCUUCAUCACGUCCUUCUACUACGGCACCCUGACCUGGUACAACGUCUUCCUGGUGUACAACGAGGAGCGAACGUUCUGGCACAAGAUCACCGUCUGCCCCUUCCUCAUCAUCUUCUAUCCCGUGCUCAUCAUGCCCGUGGCGCUCUCCCUGGCGCUAUACUCCGCCGUGGUUCAGGUGUCCUGGGCCUUCAGCAGGUGGUGGAAUGCCGUGAGAGACCUGGAGAAGGGUUUCUGCGGCUGGGCCUGUGGCAAAAUGGGUCUGGAGGACUGCUCUCCUUACAGCAUCAUAGAGCUGCUGGACUCCGAUACCGUAUCCAGCACCUUGCAGAGCAAAGCACCGAGAGAACUCGCCCAGACAUCAUCGGUGUGAAACCCAUUCACGUACUGGAUUGCUGAUACACGUAAAUAAGUGCAAUGCAGAAGACAGCUCACUACCUUUGAUAACUUGAUGAACAGCAAAAACUAGAUUUGUUGCACUUGUCUAGAACACUUGUCCUCAUUAUUGUGGUUAUUUUGGAUCUAUGACGAUGUUUAUAUCAUCACCAAAAUCCAAUAGUUAAUUCCUUUGCCCAAGCGUCAUCCCACUGCAAAAUUUUGCGCCCUACUACUUCUGAGUGUUUACAAUGUCAUAAUGCCUGCUGAGAAGAAAAGGAUUUAAACAAAGCUGGGGGUCUCUGACUCACAUUUUUAAUGUGUGUGUGAAAUAUUUGACACUUUUCUCAAGAUUACCAUUACUCUAUUUCCUUUUUCCAUUCUCUAGCACUGUUACACGAGUUUUUCCCUCUCCCGAAAUAAAUGGAAAUAUUUUGUAUUUAGAAUCACUCUUAUCCAUUUGGAAGUGUCUUGUAUUUAGAUUCAACUCAAUUCACAUCAGUCUGUUAGUUUUUCUUGUUGCAUGACAUUUCAUCUCAGUGUUAAUUUUAAACAUUCAUUAUGCAGGCUGUCUGUUAUAUUGAACUGUCUCAUACAGGGAAAAACUGUAUUACAUUUUCAAUACUGUCUUUUUGUUGAAUGUUUGUUUAAUUUAUUGUAAUUCAUAUAUUUAACAGUUCAUAUGAAAAUGUCACAAAUAGUUUUUUUAUACUGAGGUUUUUGAAGAUUUGAAUAUUACAAACGUGAUAAAUAUCAAAAUGAUUAAAAGUAACGUAUUGUUUUUUCUGAUGGUCGGGUUGGAACAUUACAUGUUGUAUGAAGUAUAACUUAAGGAUGUAAACACACAAAUAAAAAGAUAAACUUGUUGCAUGACAAUACGAUGAGUACGACGAA